AUAACACAACCCCUCUUUUAACCAUACUUCCCACCCAGAGCUCCAUCCUAAUCCAUCCCAAUUAUUCCCUUCAUCUAUCCAAGAAUCUCACACCCAAGCCUAAGCAGCAGUCAAUCAUGUCCCUCUCAACCUGCAACAUCCUCACCAACCCAUCCUUCGAAUCCGGCUCCCUCUCCCCCUGGUACACCAACGACCCCAGUUUCGUUCGAGUAACUAACGGGACUCCCGCCUAUGAUGGCACAUACUCCUUAAACCUAACCACCCAACCCAACAACGACAACCCCCAAACCACAAUCUCCCAAACCCUCACAAACCUAACCCGCAACACCGCCUACGAUUUCUCCAUCGAAGUGAAAGUCCCCGUAUCCAGGGGAAUCGAGGACUGUACUGUGACUGCCUACACGGGGUCAAAUGCAACGAGUGGAGUCAUUGCAUCGGCGGAGAUUGAUCCGAGUGGGAGUUGGACGGCGUGUGAUGGGGAGGAUAAUGAGAAUGAUCGCGGGGUGGUGUAUCUGGAUGAGGUGGUUUUGGGGAGGAGGGGGUGUUAG